UGUGUGUGUGUGUACAGUUUGUGUGGCAUCGUUCCAGGUCUCAGCAGCGUUCUGCUGCCUCGUAUGAACCCGUUCGUCCUCAUCAACAUGGCCGGAGCUCUGUCCCUCUGCAUCACCUACAUGCUCAUAGAAAUCAAUAACUAUAACGGAAUGGACACGGCGUCUGCGGUCGCCAUCGCGCUCAUGACCUUUGGCACCAUGUAUCCCAUGAGCGUCUACAGCGGCAAAGUGCUGCUGCAGACGACGCCUUCGCACAUCAUUGGUCAACUGGACAAACUGCUGAGAGAAGUGUCCACUCUGGACGGAGUGCUGGAGGUUCGCAACGAACACUUCUGGACCGUCGGCUUCGGGUCUCUGGUACGUUGAACCACC